GUCAAUGGACCAUCGGUAUGUGCAAUUAUUGAAACAUAAGGCACAGCAUGUGGAGGUGUUAAAUAUGGCUAUGAGAGGGCAUCUUGGCAUCAGGGUGUGUUUGUGUGUAUGACCUGUAUAUAUUAUUAUAUAAAAUAAUACAUAGACAAUAAUGUUGGAUGUGAACAGGUCCCAUAUGUUAAUGUUUUUAAAAAAAAAAACAUCCUGUGUGUGUAAAUGCAAAGGAUUUGCCUGCUGUUGAGCUUCUGGUGGGGUUUUUAUGAUGAAUAUUUUGGUGUGCGUGUGAUUCACAAAACUCGAUCAUGACUGUAGUGAAGCCGCUUGACGUCAAAGCGGGAGAAUCGUGGGUGGGGCGUGCGGAGGAAGGGGGCGGGGCCAUAUCAAAGCCAGGCAGCGGCGCGGCUCAGCUUCACGCUUUGAUAGCGAUGCUGAGUGAGGAGCGGCUGCUGCACCUCUGCCCAGGGUUCCUCCUGAGAAGUGCCACGAUUGCACUGGAACAAUAUGGAAAGAACAGGAUAAGGACCUGAUGAUUUUUUUGUCCUCCCUCACGCCUCUCCUCUCUGUCCUGUGUCCUCUACCUCCGUAUCUGUGUCGUAUGAGGAGAAGUGCGUGCUGAGAGGGAAACACACUGCAGCUUCAUGGCACUAAGCUAUGAUUCACUCUCUUGCAGCAGCAAUGAGCAACCAACUUCAAAACACCUCCUCUCUGAACACGGCCGGCGUGUGGAAUUUCCAGGACGCACACAACUCGUCGUCUGUCCACACUGCAGACCUGCAGCCCCUCGCCGUUAGCCCUUGGGACAUUGCACUGUGUGUGACUGGGACUCUCAUUUCCUGCGAGAAUGCGAUUGUGAUCGCCAUCCUGUUCUACACUCCCACCCUGCGGGCACCCAUGUUCGUUCUAAUAGGGAGCCUAGCUUUUGCGGACCUGCUCGCGGGCCUCGGCUUGAUUUUGAACUUUAUCUUCAUCUACAUGUUCAACACCGAGUUUGUGACACUGGUGUCAGUCGGGCUGCUUAUUGCUGCUUUCUCUGCCUCCGUACUAAACAUCCUGGCUAUCACGGUGGACCGCUACCUGUCUCUCUACAACGCGCUAACCUACAACACAGAACGCACGGUGACUUUCACCUACGUGAUGGUGGUGUUCAUAUGGCUUGUGUGCAUCACGCUCGGGCUGCUGCCCCUGCUUGGGUGGAACUGUCUCCAGGACGAGGUCCAUUGCAGUGUUUGUCGCCCGGUCACCAAGAACAAUGCUGUGGUCCUUGCAGUGACUUUUCUGCUCGUGUUCGCGCUCAUGAUGCAGCUCUACCUGCAGAUCUGUAAGAUCGCCUUCCGUCACGCACAACAGAUUGCUGUGCAGCACCAGUUCAUGGCUAUUUCCACCACUAAAGGGGUCUCGACACUUUCUGCCAUUCUGUGCACUUUCGCCGCAUGCUGGAUGCCCUUUGCCAUGUAUUCAAUUGUUGCGGAUUCUAGCUACCCAAUGAUCUACACAUACGCCACAGUACUGCCAGCAACAUGCAACUCAGUCAUAAACCCCAUCAUUUAUGCCUUCAGAAACCCAGACAUUCAGAAAUCCCUGUGGCUAGCCUGCUGUGGAUGUGUCCCUGCCAAUUUCUCCCAAAGGCCAAGGACAUCAAGUGACGUAUAGGUCAGAUCAUAUGAUCAUAUCCUCUUUCACUUUCAUAGCAGGUGAUGGAAUUUGCACCCCACCCCCCAAAAAUAAAUCAAGGAAAAAAAACAAGAAAACAAAAAGUACAUAUUUGAUCAUGUUGUGGUUAAAACUGGGGUAAAAUAUAUCAAAGAACUUUACUACAUUUGGGGCUCAAUGUCUAAUGUAGUAUAAAGCAUUGUUUUUAGUGCAUUGUAUUUCUUUAUAUCUAGACAGUAGUUAACAAAUGCGCACAAUACGAAUAGAAAAGCAAAACUGCAAAGUUUAAAAAGGACUAAUCCUUUCUAUAGUAAAUCAAAGGCCUACAUUUUGGCACCUUAAACACACCUAGCCAUAUAUAUAUAUAUAUAUAUAUAUAUAUAUAUAUAUAUAUAUAUAUAUAUAUAUAUAUA